AUGCGCGCGGCGCAAGCCGCGCGCGAGAGUCGGCGCCGAGAGGAGCUCGAUCGCUGGGCGCGGUUUGCGGACUCAGAGGCGGACCGGCUACGUCUUUGGGGGCUUUGGGCCGCAGCCGGAGGUGACAGGCGUGGCUUCUGCAUGCUGGCAGAUGCCUUUGAACCGGGUUGGCGAUCCGCCAAGCCAGUUCUUCAUUGCAGUGGGAGGGACUGGUGCCAGUGCAAAGAAUCGCUGACUGUCCGCUGCUGCAAGUCUCCCUGGGUGGUGGAG